CCGUUGUAAUAAUUUCGUGGCUUUAUUAUUAAUACAAAUUUUUUUUAUAUAUAUGUUUAAUUCUUCUUUCCCUUAAAAUUAGUUAAAAAUGACUAGUGGUUAUCAAGUGAGCGAAGAAAGUGAUAACGAGCAAACAACAACAGCUGUGGCAACGGUGACAGCAACAACAAGUACUGCAGGUACACAAAUCGCAAGUGUAGGUGCUGGUAGUAACGAAAUUCCUGAGCAUAUUAGAAAAUUUGUAUUUACCAAUCAGAAUACUGUAAUCUCAAGCGAUACCACUGCAUUAACAGAACCUCUGGAAAAAGUAGAAGUUCAAAUACCUGAGCUCUUACAAAGUGGUUACUCCUUCUAUACUUGGCCGUGUGCUCCGGUAUUGGCUUGGUUUUUGUGGGAAAAUCGUCGAAAUCUUGUAGGCAAGCGCGUGCUCGAAUUAGGUGCAGGCACAGCACUUCCUGGUAUAUUGGCUGCUAAAUGCGGUGCACGUGUUAUACUUAGCGACAGUUGUAUAUUGCCAAAAUCAUUAGCACACAUACGCAAAUCUUGCUUAGCAAAUAAUCUUGUACCAGGACAAGAUAUUGAAGUUAUCGGUCUCAGUUGGGGUUUGCUACUGAACAGUGUUUUCAACAUAGGACCCCUUGAUUUGAUAAUAGGAGCAGAUUGCUUUUACGACCCAAGUGUCUUUGAAGACAUACUUGUAACCAUUUCGUUUUUACUUGAAAGAAACAAAGACGCAAAGUUUAUUUGCACAUAUCAAGAACGUAGUGCCGAUUGGUCUAUCGAGGCGUUGUUAAAAAAGUGGAAGCUUCGAUCAGUACCUAUCAUUAUCGACAACUUGGGUAAAAGUUCUGGAGUUGACCUCUUGGAAUUAAUGGGCAAUCAUACUAUACAUCUACUUGAAAUCACAAAGGAGCGGUGAAAAUUUGUAACGGAAUUUUUCAUUUAAAAAAUAAUAUAACGAUUUAUUCAUAAUGUCUGGCGUAGCACGCAAUUCUUAUAAACUGUUUGUUGGUAAUCUACCAUGGACCAUUGGCCAAAAAGAAUUACAAUCAUAUUUUUCCAAUUU